GCCUUGGCUUCCGGAGGCGGGGGCCGCCCGCGCCAUGGCCGCCCCCCAGCCCAAGCCCCCCGCGGGGGCGACCGCCCGGCGCCUGGCCCGGGGCUGCUGGUCCGCCCUCUGGGACUAUGAGACGCCCAAGGUGAUCGUGGUGAGGAACCGGCGCCUGGGCGUCCUGUACCGCGCCGUGCAGCUGCUCAUCCUGCUCUACUUCGUGUGGUACGUAUUCAUCGUGCAGAAAAGCUACCAGGAGAGCGAGACGGGCCCUGAGAGCUCCGUCAUCACCAAGGUCAAGGGGAUCACCACGUCGGAGCACAAAGUGUGGGACGUGGAGGAGUAUGUGAAGCCCCCCGAGGGGGGCAGCGUGUUCAGCAUCAUCACCAGGGUCGAGGCCACCCAGUUCCAGACCCAGGCAACCUGCCCCGAGAGCAUAAGAGUCCACAAUGCCACCUGCCACUCCGACGCCGACUGUGUGGCUGGGGAGCUGGACAUGCUGGGAAACGGCCUGCGGACUGGGCGCUGUGUGCCCUAUUACCAGGGGCCCUCCAAGACCUGCGAAGUGUUUGGCUGGUGCCCGGUGGAAGACGGGGCCUCUGUCAGCCAAUUUCUGGGUACGAUGGCCCCAAAUUUCACCAUUCUCAUCAAGAACAGCAUCCACUACCCCAAAUUCCACUUCUCCAAGGGCAACAUCGCCGACCGCACAGAUGGGUACCUGAAGCGCUGCACGUUCCACGAGGCCUCCGACCUCUACUGCCCCAUCUUCAAGCUGGGCUUCAUCGUGGAGCAGGCUGGGGAGAGCUUCGCAGAGCUCGCACACAAGGGUGGUGUCAUCGGGGUCAUUAUCAACUGGGACUGUGACCUGGACCUGCCUGCCUCGGAGUGCAACCCCAGGUACUCCUUCCGGAGGCUGGACCCCAAGCACGUGCCUGCCUCGUCAGGCUACAACUUCAGGUUUGCCAAGUACUACAAGGUCAAUGGCACCACCACCCGCACGCUCAUCAAGGCCUACGGGAUCCGCAUUGACGUCAUUGUGCAUGGACAGGUGACUGCCCCACUCGGGGCUGGGAAGUUCAGCCUGAUUCCCACCAUCAUUAAUCUGGCCACAGCUCUGACUUCCAUCGGGGUGGUAAGGAACCCACUCUGGGGUCCCAGUGGGUGCAGGGAUGGGGUCCACCAGGUCUUUACACCCUGGUCUCCACUCUGCUGGCCCCAGGGCUCCUUCCUGUGUGACUGGAUCUUGCUAACAUUCAUGAACAAAAACAAGGUCUACAGCCAUAAGAAAUUUGACAAGGUGUGUACACCCAGCCACUCCUCAGGUAGCUGGCCUCUGACCCUCGCCCGCGUUUUGGGCCAGGCCCCUCCCCAGCCCGCCCACUGCUCCGAGGAUCGGCCCCCCAGCCCUCUAUCAGGCCAGCAAGGGGCAGAGUGUGGCCUGGCCAUCGCGUCCCCACGGCCUCGCCCCAUCUCUGCCCCAUCCAAGCAGAUGGUGGACAUUCCUGUCUCCGAGCCUGCCCCUCAAGACUCCAUACCCACAGACCCCAAAGGUUUGGCCCAACUCUGAGCGCUGUCCUGACACACUGCCCCGCAGACCCAGCCUGGUGGGGCCAGCCAGUCCCCAGCUAGGGACCCUCAGUGGACCAGGGCACUUUGGUAGCAGAGCAUCUCCACGAAACCGAACACCACAGGAUUCCCGUGCAAGGGCCAGGGCCGCACUCCGGCCCCAGGCUUGUGCCUCACCCUGGUGCACCAAUCCCGGCCCCUCCCCAGCUGGCCCCUGGAGUGCUCCUCACUUCCACCACCUCUCACAGCCACCUGGGACCCAAGGCAGCUGAGCUCUGAGGGGCUCUGCUCCUGGUCUUGGGCCAUGGGAACCCUCAUCCCACCCCACCCCACAAGGGUUUGUAACUUCAAAUUCUGCCCAGACUCUACCCUUAGAAGUCACAACAUACUCUUCUAAGAAUUCAAUAAACUUGCAAGCACAA